UUUCGAUAUCACAAGAGUAAUAGAAGUAUAUAAUACUAAACAUACGCAAUUGUGUAUGUCUUCAUUAUCUUUAUAACACACCUACCUUCUAGCUACCAUACUCUGACUUGGAAAGCAGUCGAUCUCCUUCACCCCCUCUUCGUUCUCUGAAUUCCUAGCUUUGUUAGCUACCCUUUCUUCGCAGCCGAAUGGCGCGCUUUGCCUUUGCGCUAGCAUGUGCCCUAGCUUUGUUGGCUUCUUCAGUAGCCUCUGCUGCAAUAGUCGAGCAUUCUUUUCAUGUGAAUAACUUGACUGUUACGCGGCUAUGCUAUAAUCAACUGAUAACCGCAGUUAAUGGGGAGUAUCCAGGUCCAACAAUAAGGGCAAGAGAGGGUGACACUCUUGUUGUUCACGUCUUGAACCAGUCCCCCUAUAACAUUACUAUUCAUUGGCAUGGGAUCUUUCAGCUUCUAAGUGCAUGGGCAGAUGGACCUGCAUAUGUAACCCAGUGCCCUAUACUUCCUGGACAAAGCUAUACCUACAGAUUCAAAAUCAUCGGACAAGAAGGUACUCUCUGGUGGCAUGCACAUGUUUCAUGGCUCCGUGCAACAGUCUAUGGCGCCCUAAUAAUCCAGCCGAGAUCCACUCGAUCCUACCCAUUCCCUAAACCCUACCAGGACGUACCGAUUAUGUUAGGAGAGUGGUGGAAUGCUAGUGUCGUUGACGUUGAGAAUCAAGCACAAGCCACCGGAGGUGCUCCGGACGAUUCUGAUGCAUACACGAUCAAUGGACUACCUGGCGACUUUUAUAAUUGCUCUCAAAAUCAGACAUAUAAGCUGAAUGUGGUGAGGGGAAAGACCUACAUGCUGCGCAUAAUCAACGCUGCACUCAAUAACCAGUUCUUCUUCGGCAUAGCCAAACACAACAUGACAGUUGUAGCCGUCGACGCCUCCUACACCAAACCAUACGUCACAGAAGUCGUCGUGGUCGCGCCGGGUCAGACCACCGAUGUUCUCAUCACCACCAACCAGCCCGUCGGAUCUUACUACAUGGCCGCCACUCCUUACGCUAGCUCAAGCAUACCGUUUCCUAACACGACCACACGCGGAGUCCUCGUCUACAACGGCUCCAAGUCAUCGAGCGCCCCGCUCAUGCCUGCCCUACCUAAUCCCCAAGACACGGCAACGGCCCAUAAAUUCUCCAGCAAUCUGACGGGGCUAGCCGGUGGGCCCCAGUGGGUGCCGGUUCCGCUCAAGGUGGACGAGCACAUGUUCGUGACAAUAGGUGUGAAUCUGGAUAAAUGUGCCGAAGGUGUCACAUGUCAAGGUCCGCUUAACAACAGAUUGUCCGCGAGCAUGAACAACGAGUCCUUCCAGCUGCCUACAACACUGUCAAUGCUACAAGCAUCCUUUUACAACGUGAGCGGGAUUUACACCACCGAUUUUCCCGACAAUCCUCCGGUCGAGUUUGACUACACGAACGAAAACAUCAGCCUGAACCUAGAUCUGAUCUUCGCUCCAAAAUCUACCAAAGUCAAGAAGUUGAAGUACAACUCAACUGUAGAGAUCGUGCUGCAGAACACGGCGUUUUUAUCAAUCGAGAAUCACCCUAUUCAUAUUCAUGGUUUCAACUUCCACGUAUUAGCUCAAGGUUUUGGAAAUUAUGACCCCGUUAACGAUAGCAAGAAAUUCAAUCUUGUUAACCCACAAAUUCGUAACACAAUUGGUGUUCCUGUCGGAGGAUGGGCGGUGAUCAGAUUUCAAGCAAAUAAUCCAGGUAUAUGGAUGGCGCAUUGUCAUCUGGACGUGCACUUGCCGUGGGGUCUGGCCAUGGCUUUUGAGGUUGAAAAUGGACCAACUGUUGCAUCUACUUUGCCUCCGCCACCGCUCGAUCUACCCAAAUGUUAAUUUCUUCAACUCAAGAUUUAUUCCAACAGAAACAGCUAGUGUCACUACUAUUCUAAGAUUUCGCUAUUUAUUUUGUUAUGAUUUGGUUAUCAAUUUCAUCUGUUCUGAUUGAAAAUAAUCUGUAAUAAAGAUAUUGACCAAUAUAUGAGUGUCUAUUGUACUGUAUAAGGGGUCAAUUUUACUGUAAUUAAUUAAUAACAUUGUUCUUUUGA